AUGACGACCCGCUCGGAAAGAGAGAAGGCUCAGAAACUCAACGAGCAGAACCAGGCCAUCCUGUCCAAAAUGCUGAGAGAGGAUGACAACAAGUACUGUGCCGACUGCGAGGCUAAAGGUCCAAGAUGGGCUUCAUGGAACUUGGGAGUUUUCAUGUGCAUACGAUGUGCUGGAAUACACAGGAACCUGGGAGUGCACAUAUCCAGAGUCAAAUCCGUCAAUUUGGACCAAUGGACGUCAGAACAAAUUCAGAGUAUACAAGACAUGGGUAACACCAAGGCCAGAAAACUUUAUGAGGCCAACCUUCCAGAAAACUUCAGAAGACCUCAGACAGACCAAGCCGUGGAAUUUUUCAUCAGGGAUAAAUAUGAAAAGAAAAAAUACUACAGCAAGAAUGUGACCAAUGGGACCAGUCCUAAGGACAAUAAGAGAGAAAAGGAGAUGGACCGAGGAAAAGUACCUAGCAAUAAGAGUGAAGAACCUAAGACAGUUUCAAUCAGCCCCGUGAAGCCUGCGGAGCCUUCGGUGAACCUACUCGGCCUUGACGCACCAGCAUCUUCAUCUCCUAACAAUGGGAGCUCGAGCACAAGCCAGAACAAUGACCUGGAUAUUUUCGGCCCCAUGGUCUCCAACCCCCUCCCUGCCUCCACAUCCGCGCCUCAGUUUCCUCAGGUGAGCACCACUAAUGUUGCCAGUACCCCAACACAACCUCCAGCGGGAGCAGGAGGUGCUUCUGCGUCAGCUUCUGUCCAGAGUGACCUUGACUUGUUUAGUGAUAGCAGCAAUGCAGCCAAAUCUGAGGAUGUGACCAAAAAGCCCCUGUCCAAGGACUCCAUCCUGUCGCUGUACGGCACCAACAGCAUGCCCCACAACAUGCCCCAACAGCCUCCUGCAGCUGGAAUGUUCAUGGGUCCAUCCCAGAUGCAGUUUCCGGUCCAGGCUGCUGCCGGUUAUCAGGCUUUCCAGGGAAUGGCAGGAGCCAUGCCUCCCACCACAGUUAUGGGAGCCAUGAUGGCUCAAAGCGGAGCGGCCAUGAUGGGAUCUAAUCCUGGCAUGAUGGUUGGCAUGACGAUGCCCAAUGGCUUUAUGGGAAAUGCUCCUGCUGCCGGAGUUAUGGGCAUGGCCCCCAGGAUGAUGGCACCUCAGGGGGGAGCCAUGCCUGCGGGCAUGGUGCCAGCUCAGGGCAUGUACGCCCUGCAGCCCGGACAACAGCCCCAGUGGAACAUGGGACAGAUGAACCAGCAGAUGUCAGGAUUGUCCUUGAACGGGGCGGGUGCUCAGAUGGCCUUUGGUCAGCCUCAGACUGCUAUGGGAGGCUGGGCCGCUGCUGGAUCAGGCCAGACGCUGAGCACACAGCUGUGGAAAUGA